UAGGUAUACAGUUGUGACGUCACAGACGCAGGUAUUUACACCCUAUAGGGGGUAGGAUAGUGUUGUUUACCAUUUAGUCGCUACCUGUGUACAAGGAUUUUUUUUCACGAGAGACUCUGUGACUUUCGAGUUAGAUUCAAACCAUUAGGAACCAGGCUGUAUUGUUAGGAGAAUAUUUUGUUAUACAUAUCUUUAAAUUUCCUAUACAGUGUUCCGAGGUGCGUCUUUCGGAGUCCAAGGACAUUUGAUUUAAACUGUAUAGUAUUUUUUCUUCAAUUGGCUCAUGGCCGGGAACAUUUUGCCAAUUCUUGGUUUGAUAAACUAUGUGUAUAGCGAGCUUUAAUUAGAAGAUGGAUCCGAAACGUAUAAACCUGUUAUGUGGAGUUACCAAGCAAGUUUAAAGAUAGGAUAUUCAACUUUUUAUCACCAUUAAAAACUACGAAAUGGAUACAACAAAAUCGUUGACUUUCGUGUGUGCACUGUGGACGAUUCUUCUAUACGUACACGUGGACGUGUGUUCUGGCGCCCGGUCUGGGGGUUCAUCGAGUAAAACAGGCUCUAUCAUCUCACAAUCAAACUCGGCAGGGUUCGUUGGCGGACCGGAUACUAGCAGCCCUACUUUCAUCAUUUUCCUGACGAUAUUUGGUAUGUGCGUUCUCGCCGUUGUCAUCUUCCUUAUCAUCAUGUUCUUCAAGAUACGACGAUACUGGUGUUUUAGAUUUAUCAACAUACCAGGUUCGUCUGAUAAAUCGCACGUCUUACAAGAAUCGUCAGACAAAUCCAACGUUUUACAAGACUCGGCCGACAAAUCAAACAGUAAUCCUGUGUUCGGCGACUCUGUUGAAGGUUCAGCCCGCUGGAACAAUGCAUCAGACCCGCCAAUCAAGAAACCGCCAUUACUACCAGUUGAAGACCUGGCAAAGAAACUAGUUAUCCAAUCGAUUCUUAAAAAAGAAAAAAGAAAACCACGGGGAAAAUCUAUAGACUCCAUGGAGUCGGACUCUCUGCCUCCUAUCUUCACACUUCCCUAUCCUGUCUCUACCGGAUGCAAUAAUUUCACUCCGCCACCGGAACCGGAACUGAGCGAAAGUUAUUCGGAAUCCGAGUCAGAUUCGGCUACUGUCGAUGAAGAAGUAGACUCGGCUCUCUCGGAUCGUACUCAACCAGACCUGCUAGACUAUCAUUCCGGGAAUAACCAUCCAUGAUCUAUUUCUGACAUGGAAUAUAUUUUUGAGUUAAACACACAUGUCACACAAAAUCAAAUGAUACACGAUUAAAUUGUGCUGUGUUGUUGCAAUCCAACUGCUUUUAAAUUGUUUAAAGAUUAAGCGAAAAAAAUCCGCAGCU